UUUCCCCGCCCUAGCUCUGCCCCAUUUCCUCCUGAGCGUUCUGACCACGCCCCCUCUGCCAUUGGUUUCCGGGUCGGUCGCUCUACGCAUGGCUCGCGGGCCGUAAAGUGAGGCCAGCGGGGCGCGAGCGGCAGCGCCCGGGAUGCUGGAGGAGCCACAGGCGGCAGGCGAAGACGGAAGCCCCCCGGGGGCCGGGCAGGAGGCAGGCGAAGACGGAAGCCCCCCGGGGGCCGGGCAGGAGGCAGGCGAAGACGGGAGCCCCCCGGGGGCCGGGCAGGCGGCAGACGAGGAUGGGAGCCCCCCGGGGGCCGGGCAGGAGGCAGACGAGGACGGGAGCCCCCCACCUGGUGCCCCCAACCCCCCCCAGGGUAAGAAGAUCGUGCCGGGCAUCAUCUACCUAGGGCACAUCCCGCCCGGCUUCCGGGCCCGGCAUGCCCGAAACCUGCUCAGCGUCUACGGGGAGGUCGGACGCAUCUUCCUGCAGCCCGAGGAGCGGUUCGUCCAGAAGAGGAAGAAGAAAGCUGGCGCCAGGGUCAAGAACUACACGGAGGGCUGGGUGGAGUUCAGGGACAAGCGCAUGGCGAAGCUCGUGGCCGCCAGUCUGCACAACACGCCCAUGAGCACCCGCCGGCGCAGCCGCUUCCGCUACGACCUGUGGAACAUGAAGUACCUGCACCGGUUCAAGUGGCCGCACCUGAGCGAGCGCCUGGCCUAUGAGCGGCAGGUCCGGCAGCAGCGCCUGCGGGUCGAGAUCUCUCAGGCCAAGCGCGAGACCAACUUCUACCUGCAGAGCGUGGAGACCAGCCAGCGCUUCACCCGCCGGGCCGCCGCCGCCCCCGCCCCCGCCGAGGAGAAGAGCUGGGGCUUCGUCCAGCGCCCCACGGAGGAGGAGAUCCAGCAGCGCAAGGCGGGCGCGGGCGGGCGCCGGCUCCGUGGGCAGCUGGCCAAGGCCCAGGAGAUCCAGCUGAAAUCCCAGACCAGCCGCUCCUUGCUGGCCAAGAUCUUCAACACCGCGGCCGCUGCCUCGGAGGAGGCACCGGGGGGCCCGGUUCUGUAGUGAGAACCCCCGGCGCUGGGGGGCGCUGUGCUGUGGGCAGGGGGCGCUCUCCCCUGGCAGUCAGGGCUGGACACUGGGGGGUGCCGUGCUGUGGGGA